AUGGAGUCCAGUCUUGUGGUGGACUGGCUUAAAGCUGUGUGGGCCAGACGUCCUGGGGGACUUAGAAGGAGGGAAAACAUGCUGGUGCUAGAUGCUUCCUGUGGACAUGUGAGAGACAAGGUCAAGAAACAAGUUUAGGAGCUGAAUGGUGACUUGGUGAUCAUCCCGGGUGGAACGGCAAGUCAGCUGCAGGUCAGUGUAGUUUGAGCCAUUUUAUUGGGAGAUUGAAAAGAUACAAUAAACUUGUUACAGGUACUGGAAAUGGUCGUUAAUAAGCCAUUCAAAAACAAUCUGAGGAAGAACUACCCAUCAUGGCUCCUGGCUGGUUACCACGUUCUGACAUCUACUGGAAAAAUUCAGAAACCUUCUGCUCGUCUUCUCCACGAAUGGAUCCUACAAGCUUGGGGCAGAUGUGUCGAGAGCAUCGUUAAUGGGUUCAAGAAAUGUUGCAUCUCAAACCUGAUGGAUGGAAGCGAGGAUGAUUUGAUGCGGGAGAAGACGGUCGCAGCGGCAGAGAGACAGAAAGUGCGAGUGAGGAGGAGGAACCCGGUGAUGCGGAGGAUACAACUGAAUAAAUGA